AUGACGGUCCAAGCGUCCAAACUCACUCCCGAGGUCCUCAUCUCGGCGCCGCGUCGUUCUCCCGGUGUGCCAAAUGCCAGAGGAGAUCUAAUCCUUUACACGAUCUCGACAUACUCUUUUGAGACUCACUCGAAGUCUGCCCAAAUUCGCAUUCUCAGUCUCAAAGAUGGCGCCUCUCACCUAGUCUCGGAGGACACAGGUGCCAGCGGCCCCGUCUGGCUCAGCGACACAGAAGUUGCCUUCUUUAAGGGCAGCGACAAGGGUACCGACCUCUUGUACCAAAAUAUCGAUGCACCGACACCCGAGCCAAAGCUGGUACACCGCUUCCCGGGCUCUCUGUCCAGCGCCAAGACCAAGACGCUCUCCAGCGGUAAGGUCGCCCUCGUCACCGCGGCCGUCACCACGCCCAAGGGCACCAUGUUCCUCGCCGCCGACCACAAGAAGCCCCUCUCGAGCGGCAAGAUCUACGACUCGCUCUUCGUCCGCCACUGGGACACCUGGAAGACCAAGAGCGAGAACGCGCUCUGGUAUGGCCAGCUGGCCAGGAGCGGCAAAGACGGCGCCUGGACGCUCGAAAAGGACAGCUUCAAUCUGCUCGCCGGCAUUGAGCUGGCCUCGCCCGUUGGGCCCUUUGGCGGCGCCACCGACUUCGACAUCCACGAGCACGGCGUCGCCUUCGUCGCCAAGGACCCCAAGCUCAACCUCGCGCGCUACACCAAGACCGACCUGUACCUCGUACCGCUCACAUCCUUCCUCGACCCGCCCGGCGCGCCACGCAUCGUCAAGACCGGCGACCUGGUCGGCUACUCCCACAACCCGACCUUUUCGCGCGACGGCAAGUCGCUCGCGUUCCUGCGGAUGAAGGACCGCCAGAAUGAGGCCGACAAGCACCAGCUGCUCGUCAUCCCGGACAUUGGAGACCUCGGCCGCGUCGAGGUCUUCUACCCAACCAGCGACGGCAGGGGGGGCUGGGACCGCAGCCCGUCGUCCAUCCUGUGGACGGCCGAUGAGAAGCACCUUAUCCUCGCCGCCGAGCAGCACGGCAAGGUUCUGUUGUGGAAGGUCCCCUCGUCCCCGUCCGAGGCCAAGCACCUGCCUGCCCCCAUCUUCGAGGACGGCACCGUCGUGGACGCCUACUUGCUGGGCAACACCACGUCGCUCCUCGUCACCUCGCGAAGCCGCAUCGAGAGCAGCAGGUUCUCGACCCUAGACCACGACAACAAGAAGAUCACGGAGAUUUCUUCGAGCGCCAAGAACGGUAAGGCCUUUGGGCUGACGCAGGAGCAGUGCUUUGACAUCUGGUACCCUGGCUCUGGCGGGUACGACAACCACGCCCUCUGCAUGAAGCCGUCAAAUUUUGACAGGAACAAAAAGUACCCGCUCGCCUUUGUCGUCCACGGCGGCCCGCAGAGUGCCUGGAUGGACGACUGGAGCACCCGCUGGAAUCCGGCUGUCUUUGCGGAGCAGGGCUACGUGGUCGUCUGCCCCAACCCGACCGGCAGCACCGGCUACGGCCAGGCUCACACCGACGCCAUUGCCUGCAACUGGGGCGGAGCGCCGUACCAAGACCUCGUCAAGGCGUUUGAAUACGUCGAGAAGGAGAUGCCCUACGUCGACAUUGAUCGCUCCGUCGCCUUGGGCGCAUCCUACGGUGGCUACAUGAUGAACUGGAUUCAGGGCCACCCUCUUGGCCGACGGUUCAAGGCCAUCGUCUGCCACGACGGCGUCUUCUCCACGCUCAGCCAGUGGUCCACCGAGGAGCUCUUCUUCCCCGAGCACGACUUUGGCGGCACCCUCUGGGACAAGCGCGAGAACUACGAGAAGUGGGAUCCCUCCCGGUUCACUGGCAACUGGGAGACGCCGAUGCUGGUCAUCCACAACGAGCUGGACUACCGUCUCAGCGUGUCCGAGGGCCUGGCCAUGUUCAACGUGCUGCAAGCGCGCAACAUCCCUAGCAAGCUCCUCAUGUUCCCAGAUGAGAACCAUUGGGUGCUGAAGCCGGAGAACUCUCUAGUUUGGCAUAGAGAGGUUCUGAACUGGAUCAACAAGUAUAGCGGUGUGUCAUCGUAA